UUGAAGGGAAGGACCAGAGAUCACAGGAUGUCUGGUCCCAGCAGGAUUCUUAGAUCCAUCUAGCGCAGACCCAGACCUGGUGUUAGUGAGUCUCCGCUGCGGGACUGGGACAGACUGGGACAGACUGGGACAGACAGACUGGGGGACAUGGACCUCAGCAGCUGCCAGGACUGGAUGUCCUCUUUACCAGAGCAGCUGUGGGACGUCCCGCUCACAGACCUGGCCAUACCUGGGAGCCACGAUGCCAUGAGUUACUGCCUGGACAUUAACUCCCCCCUGGUCAGGUCUGAGUCGGACUUCUUAAGGGUCCUGGAUGGACUUUUCUGCUGUUUAACCAGACCUACCAUUUUCAAAUGGUCGACCACACAGGAUAAAAGCAUCGAGGAGCAGCUGUCGAUGGGGAUUCGUUUCUUUGAUCUCCGCGUUGCACACAAACAGAACGACUCAUCCUGUGACCUGUAUUUCACUCACGUCAUUUACACUCAUCUAACAGUUUUGGAAACACUGCUGUCUGUUGCCAUUUGGCUGAAGUCUCAUCCUAAAGAGAUUGUUAUCCUCGAUUGCAGCCAUUUUGAGGGAAUGGACGACAGAUGUCAUGAAUUGUUCAUUUUUUCCCUGAAGAAGCUGUUUGCCUCAAAACUCUGUCCCCGGACGGAAUCUGUCCUUACCCUGCGGAGCCUGUGGGCAUCUGGUUACCAGGUCAUCCUGACCUAUGACUGCCAGAGUGCGUUGAGACAUCAGGAGCUCUGGCCUGACAUCCCCUACCACUGGGCCAACCAGCGCACGGCACAGGGACUGAUCAGUUACCUGGACAGGAACAAAGAUAGGGGGCGUCCAGAUGGCUUCUUUGUCUCUGGCCUGAACCUGACGGCGGAUAGGGGUUACAUCCUCACACAUCCAAAGGAAUCGCUGCGGACGCUGACUUACAGUAACUGGGAGUGUUUGAAGGAAUGGCUGGAGGAGCAGAUCCCUGGCUCGCAGUCCAAGAGCCUGAACAUCAUCGCAGGAGACUUUGUGGGGACACUUCCCCUCUGCUCUCUGGUUAUUGCACUCAACCAAAAACUUGUAUGGAAGGAUUCCAGUUCGAUAAAGAAAACAAUAUAAGAUGUGAUUUGAUUCCCCUAUAGCUCACAACCCUAUUGUUCCUUCUCUGGAUCUCUCUCAAUGUAUAUGCAGUUUUGUCAGAAUUUACACUUUGAACUGGAAGGAAUAUAUAUUUUAUGCAGUUUCUACAUUUUUAAAUUAUUUGAAGGUGUUUUUUAAAAUCCCAACUCAUUCUGUAACGUGCAAUUCAUAUGUUUGUGUUAACAAGAAUGCACAUCAUUCUUUAACAAAAUUAAUUAUUUUCAUUUAUUUUAAUACGCUGUACAAUACAUUAUUUGAAUGUCUCUUUGACCCACAUGGAACACUUCAGUACUUCUGUCCCGUACUCUGCUAUCUGCCCGGGAACAGCUUCUUGUAGCGUCCGUAAGCUGCGGUGCUGAUGAGAACCUUGACGACAGCCGAGCCGUCGUCUGCGUUCACCUGCACGUCCUGAACCACUGCCUCUCUGUAAAGCCAGCUGUGGAUGAAGAUGCACAUUCACUUACGGAUGAUUUGUUAUUUUUAAACAUUAAAAAGUAAGAGAAGCAGCUCACACCUUAAUUGAGAAGUGCUGAGGUUGACUUUCAGAUCUAAGAUGCGUUUCCCAGUGGAGUUUACGAUCUCUUCUUCCACAACCUCCUUCAGCUCGUCUAGGCCUCGCUCUUGCAGGGCAGAUACGGGCAGUGCCUCGGGCUCUGCACACUGAUAGCUGAGAAUGAUAAGAUUAUAAAAAAGAUGAGUUCUUCCUUUUGACAAAUGUAACCCAUCAUAUCACUUACAUCCUUGAUCUUAUUGUGAAAGUCUUCAAAAUAGAAAAACGCUUAGGUGCAAUAAGAGUUUUUGCUAUUACUUGUUUACGAGGUCAGUUUUAUUGUGGACUUCAAUCAUGGAGCUCAUCAGCCUGUCGGGGACCUUGAGGUUCUUGAGGACAUUCAGGACGUUCACCUUCUGAUUCACCGCCUCCGGAUGACUUAUGUCUCUGACGUGAAUCAACAGAUCCUGGAAGUGUGAGCGAAACGAGCAUAGAGUUCACACAUUCGACUAUGAGAGGUUAUUUUUUACUUUAAAACCUCUGUGAUCAAAAGCAUCUCAUCCCACAGCGAUGUGAGCCUCAGGUACAUACAGAGUGUUUGAUAUCGUCCAGGGUGGCAGAGAAGGAGUCGAUGAGCUGGUGGGGCAGCUGGGACAGGAAGCCGAUGGUGUCGACGUACAGAACCGUCAUGCGGCUGGGAAGCUGGCCGGCGUGGACGGUGACAUCCAGGGUGGCGAAGAGCUGGUUCCUGGGCUGGAGAGUGCUGUCCCCAGUCAGAGCUUUGAUCAGAGUGGUUUUCCCUGAGCAGAUAACAGGAGAUAAAUAUCUACAGCACUGGUACAUUGUUCAGCUUGACCUGGUGUGUGUGAGUGUGUGUGUGUUUCCAGGCUCACCACAGUUUGUGUAUCCCAACACAGAGACAAUGGGGAACUCGUUGCGUUUGCGCUGAGAACGCAGCAGGUGCCUCUUCCUGCGCAGUUUUUCCAGCGCCGAGCGAAUCUUUAACUCGCGCUCCUUCAGCAGCCGCUGCUGGACCUCAAACAGUGUCUCACCUGUAAGAACCAGAUACCAAGCAGAGUGUUGUUCUACCCUGGCAGCCCAGCUAAUGUUCAUGCAGGCAGACACUCAGGUGCGGCGAUGGCACAGUACCUGAACCACCGAUGUAUCUUGAUCCUCCACCUUGCUGAUCCAUGUUUCCCAUUUCAUGCUUCAAACGAGAUCUGCCAGCGAUAGAAAGAGUGUUCGAACAGUAAAGACGAGAGCUGAGGACACAACAGCAGGUGUAGAGGGGUCUACAUCUGCUGCUACAACCACACCCUUCCACACACAGAUAUACUGGAACGUAUAAAGGGACACAUCUAGUUUUUCUAUUUACCUUCAUCCAUCUACUGAACAUCCAUCCCCACCCCCUCCCUUCAAUAUGCUGAAAAUGGAUUGUGUUGACUGUUUUCAAUUUUUGUAUUAUUCAUUAUUUGUCUAAAUUAAGUUUC